CCUUGUGACGUCUUGCGUACAGAGGGGCAAUUUUUAUUUCGCACAUUGCGCGACCUUGUAUGAAUUGUUCUUGACCAUAUCAGUGACUUUGGAGCCUUCAUUCGAGUGAGAUCUACUACGACAACGCUGCCAGAAUAGAAAGUGAAGCGACGCCACCGGGGAAUUCUCGCCGCGAUGUCGACAAUAGUGCCUUUUUGUGUUUUUUGAAAAAAAAGAAAAUAAUUUUUACAGAACGUUUACAGAACAAUCUCUAAAAAAGUGUAGUGAAAUAUUAACAGUUCGUCAGAACAAUAAUUUACUUGGAAAAGAAGUUAUAUUGCCAGCCCAGCCGAAUGACUUCCAAUUGUAUCACGUCAACUGCUACAAACGCUUCACAGCUUUACCGUCAAAAUAUAGAGUUCAUGCCUCGAAUCUUGCAGCAAAAAAUGCGGAAGCAUCAUCUUCUUCAAUAGGAGGAAAUAGCAGAAAUUAAAUACAGUGAAAUUUCUCAUAACCGGACCCUCUAUUUGACACAUACGACAUGAAUGUAUGCAUACAUGCUAAAAGGGGAAUCACCAAUUUCAUUUUUAUAAAAACCGGCUAUGCAAGCUGUUCCGGUUACAAGGACUGUCCGCAAUGAGGAAUUUCACCACCGCACCGCAGCACCGGAUAAUACUGCAGAUUGUUUACUUGAAGUUGAGCAAUUGGGAAACACAAAGCGAGAAAGCUUCAUCCAGGAAUGUGUGGAUAAUUCCAAUAAGUUUGAGCAGUCGAUCCCCCGAACAAAAUAUCUAAAUUUCACAAAUGGGAUGGCAAAAAAGAAAACGUAUAUUGGUGGCAAGGAAAUAGAAUUGCGCAUGCAGCGUGAUUUAUUUGGCCAAUUAUUAAGCAUUUCUUUAAAAAAGUAACUCCCCCCCUGAACACCACUGCCAUUGUCCAAGUGCCAUCUGGACGGAACAAUUUGCAAGACUGACAAAUCGUCAUUAAUGAGAUUAUUAGAAAUGAAAAUUAAUUCCUCCCCUCCUCAACACACUGAUGUUAUGAUAUUUGAUGGCUACUUUAUGUUGUAUUUGAUGAAAAACGUGCCUGUUACGUUCGAUAACAUAUCUAUACAAUUUUUGAAAAUGAUCUGCGCAAACAGUGCCAACACUAUCAUCCUCACUUUUGAUCGAUAUAUAUUUCCGUCAAUCAAAGACACUGAACACAAAAUCAGAGGAAUGCAACUGUCCAAUUUUAGCAUCAGUGGGUCUGAGCAAGUACGACCGACCGACUUCACAGGCGAGUGGAAAAAUGUCAACUUCAAAGAAGCUAUUGUUAGGUUUUUUUUUGACCAUUGGGCAGAGGAUUACAUGGCGCCGUAUAUAAAUAAUAAAACUAUUUAUGUAAAUGCUGACGCUUGCCAUAAGUAUAUAGUCAGAGAUGGUAAAAUGAUCCGAAGUAUCGAGCAUCAACUGACUUGUCCUAGUCACGAAGAGGCAGACACUAAGAUUAUUUACCACAUUUGUAAAUUACAAAGUGAUACUAACGUUAACAUUCGGUGUUUCGACACUGAUAUUUUAGUCAUAAUUAUCGCCAAUAUGAGCAAUAUAGACAAGAAUAUUAAUAUAUCGAUGCAAGUUGGUGUAGGUAACAAUCAACGAUUUAUUAAUAUCAAUCAUCUGUACGAGACUUUGGGAAGCGAUGUAAGCGCGGCGCUGCCAGCCUUCCACGCAAUAACAGGAUGUGACUUUAACCCGGCCUUUUUCCGGAAAGGCAAAAAGCGCCCUUACUUAAUGAUGACCAAAAAUAAAGAAUUUGUCAACAGUUUUAUUGCAAUGUCCACCUCAUCGGAGAGUAGAGAAGAUCUUUUUGACAAAAUACAAGAAUUCGUCUGCCGACUCUACGGCUUCAAAAAAAUUAAUGACAUCAAUGAAGCUAGGGUCGCAACGUUCAUGAGGAACUACAAGGUGCUGGGGAAUAAUAAUGUUUUCCGCUUGACGAAUAAAACUAUCGACGGCUCAGCUCUACCACCCUGUAAAGUGGAACUGCAGCAACAAUUCCUAAGAGCGUGCUACAUCGCUCAGAUUUGGGCGCAUGCUCAUCUACAAGUACCCAGCGGCGAAACACCGUCCGUUAGACUAUAGCUGGGAAGAAAUGGACAACAGAUAUCAAUUUAAGUGGUUUACUGACAGCCAGUUACCACAUCACUUGACGAAAUAAC